AUGCAUGCCUUGGACCCGGCGUUUGGCAGCUCUGAGACACAGAGAAACAGCAUGAAUUCGAAACAUCUGGCGCACGCAUUCAGCGCCUCCGCGGAGGCGCCGGAGAGGCCGGGAGGCUGGAUGCUGCCGCUGGACUCGCAGCCCUCCGCCAUGACGGACGUGGCCCUGGAGUCCCUCCCACGGAAGGCCGCGCGGAGGAAGUCGGCGUCGCACCGCGCGGUGGCGGUCGUCUUCGAGGAUCGGCACUCUGCAGAGGGCCGGAAGCGCGACGUCGCGGACUUUCUCUCGGCCCUCCUCCAGCGGGGCGUCAAGCUCGUGCCCCUCGGACGGGGCGCGUACACCGUGCUGGCGCUCGUCUUGAUGGCCGCGGGCGGCGUGCUGAGCGUGGCGCGCGACUUCGCGCCGGCCUGGAGCGACUCGGCGGUCUGCGGCGACCUCGCUGCGUCGCAGCUCGCCUCGUGCACGCCCGACUCCGCGCGCUGCUUCCUGGACUUCCGCGCGCCGGACCCCGUGCGGGCGGGCUUCUACCGCCGCGAGUGCUACGACACCCGCGGGGACGUCGCGCGCGCCACCGCGCGCUCCCCGGCGGUGAUGGUGUCGGUUGCCCUGUGCGGUGUGUCGGUGGCGCUCCUGGCGCUGUGCUGCGUGCGGCGGGGCCGGGACGUCCUGGCCGCGCACCUGGGCGGCAUCGGCGCGUGCCUCGUCGCGGCGUGGUGCGUGCCGCCGCUCCUGGAGGGCGCCAGCGGGGCCUGGAUCAGCGCGCCCGUGGGCGACCCUGCCGCACGCGGCGUGCUGCUGGCGUGCGGCGCGGCGGCGCUGCUGGCGCCGUCGCGCGUGUCGUACGCGGUGCGGUGGUCGGUGGUGGUCGUCGUGGGGUGCUCGAUGGCGGCGGUGGCCUCCGUGCAGGCGUGGGAGCUGCAGGCACUGGGCGAGGCGGUGGCGGGCCCUGUGGCGGCGGCGGUGGCGGCGGCGGUGUGUCCGGCGGUGGCGUACGUGUGCGUGGGGUGGGCGCUGUUUCCCGGCGUGCCGCUGGUGCCGGCGCGGGCGGCGUCGUGGACGGGCGCGGUGGACGUGCAGGCGUGGGGCGACAAGCACCGGGGCGGGGGCUGCGCGUCGGUGAGGAGCGUGCCGCGGGCGAUCGCGGCGGCGGCGGGCUGCAUGGGGCUUCCGAUCGCCGCGGCCGUGCUCGGCAGCCUCGCGAUGUCGUACUUCCGCGUGGCCUUCGACGUGCCGCCGGCGCUGCUGUCCUGCGGGGCGCUGCUGGUGGCCGGCGGGGCCGCGCGGCUGCUGUACGUGGUGUCGCUGGUGCAGAACGGCGUGGUGGCGGACUACGUGCCGCCGCAGGCGUCGGACGCGCUGCUGGCGUCGGCGAUCCGCUGCGGGCUGUCGUCGACCGCCCCCGUCAACGGGCAGAGCCCAGCCCUGACAAUGCUGCCACACUCCCCCCCCGCUUCCUCGAUCCUGGGGCGGCCGCGGCGUCCGAAGAGGACGUCACUGCCCGGGAUUGGACUUCCUAGCACUGCUCCCACGCGUUCCAGCGUCAAGGGGAUCGUGCAGGCCAGUAAGAAGCUCCAACAAGACCGACACGACUCCGUGACGGAAGACCAGAUCAGCCCGAACUACCCCGCGCGAAAGCUGACUCAGAAGAGCAAAUUCGACGAGAUCCAUCGCUCUUCUGCGGGGUUCCGACGCACAGUGGGAGCGGAGGACAAUGUUGACGUGUCGCAGCCGAGCAUCAGCGCGGGUGCGGGCAAGGAGAGGACCCUCGCGGGCGAAGAACUCUCAGACACCUUCUGCGUGCCGGGCGACGUGCUGUCCGGGUUUUCAUGCGAGCGCGGGAGCGGCCAGAACGGCUGGACCAGUGCAGUCGAGCAGAGCACCCUCACCACGGCGCACAGCGGCGGCUUCAAGCGCAGGACCUACGGCAGGCGUAGCUCGCUCGCACCGAAGUCCGCGCACCCUCGCCGCCAGCCCGCGGAGCCCGGGGGCGGCUUUCUGUCCCCGCGGGAGUCGAGCGACCACCCCCAACGCGCCGCGCCGCCCACGGGCUUGUCGAGGCUGGUCAAGUCCAGUUUGCGGGUGCGCGGCUGGGCGCGAAGCACGGUCGCCGAGGGCGGCCAGCCCGACUCGUCGGGCACAGGUCAUGACGCGCUCAGUCCCGCGGCGGCGUCGACGAGCUCCGAGCUCGAGACGGGCGCCGCAGGGCGACUGCGCAGCAGCGCGGAGAUUCGGCGCGUGUGGAAGACCACGCUCGACGGCCUCGUUCAACACCUGAUGCAGCUGUAUGUUGCGCAACAGCGUGGCCGGCCGCGCCGGGCCCUCUGCAAGCGCGACCACGACACGGUCUCGGUGGUCUUAAGCGACAUCGUGGGCUACACGGCCAUGAGCAGCACGCGAGCGGGCGCGGAGGUCCUCGACAUGCUCAACGAGUACUUCUCCCGCCUCGACGCCGUGGUCGACAUGAUCGGCGCGCACAAGGUCGAGACCGUCGGCGACGCGUACAUCGUCGCGUGCAACCUCUUCGAGCCCGACGACAACCACGAGGUGUCGGCCAUGCUCAUGGCCGAGGCCAUGCUGCGCGUGGCGGCGACGGUCCCGUGCCCGUCCAACGCCAGCGGCCACCUCGAGAUCCGCGUGGGCGUGCACACGGGCCCGCUGUGCUCGGGCAUCCUCGGCACGAAGCGCAAGCUCGUCACGCUCGUGGGCGACACCAUGAACACCGCCGCCCGCAUGGAGCAGACCUCGCGCCCCGGAUGCGUGCGCGUGACGAGCGCGACGUGGAGCGGGCUGCCGGCGCCGCUGCAGAAGCUGCUCGAGCCCGAGAGCAUCGCCGUGAAGGGGAAGGGCGUGAUGGCGACGUACAUGUUUGACCCGACGCGGGGCGGGACCGACGGGGCGCCGGGACCUGCGCCCGGGCCCAGCGGGUCGAUGAGAAGGUCGCUGGCGCUGACGUUAACCUAG